CGAACAUAAUCCGAUAGUCUUUCCGAUAACGACGAUCUCUGGGAGAAUACCUUUGUCAUUGCUUGUCAUGGAUUCUGUUUGUCGUGAAAAUGGUUGGACCGAAAACCUUGGGUCAUGCCAUGUCGUGGAAAACUUCUCUAUCGAAACCGAAAGCGGACCUUUGAGCGCCAGUCUCCAUGAGACAAGAACAAACCAAAUCCUCAAAGUACUGCAGUAUUUGGGUCUUGUUGAAGGAGGCAGAUGGAGAAAAUUUGGGCGGGUUUUCAUUCUGGUGAUUGUCGUUCUAACAUGGAUCCCACCAACUUUUCUGGCGAUCUGCGUAAAGAAAGACCCAACUAUGUCCUCACCAAGUGGCUUACCGACAAUAUUGUUACUCUCAGGCCUUGCUCUAUCGCAUCACUUCGGAGCUUUGUACGGAUACAAGCAUCGUAUAAGACUCAAAGGGAAUAUACGUUUGGCUAUCGAACGAGCGAAUUUCUGCCGAACAUGGCUGAUCGUGAUCAUGACGUUUGCAAUGUUGACUUUGUCUUAUCUCAUUCUUCUUGUCUAUUUGUACGUUACACAAUCCAUUCGCCCUCUCCCGUGGCUUCACAUUGGCUGUAUCUAUCUCCUCGGCUACAUUUACUGUGGUUCAAUAAGCGUAGCUAUGAACCUGGUUUUUAGUGCGUCAUGCGCAGCCAUCAAAAUCAGGAUCAUCGACUUUAAAGAAAAGUUCAAAAACUGGUCCAAGGGACUUCGUGAAGCUCUUAUCGAGUAUCAAGAACUCUGCGAAUUCAUGAACGUGGAAAUCGAAUCAAUCAAAUGGUGGCUAUUGGCUAAUAUCGUCAGUUUUGUUAUCAACUGGCUAGUUAAUUUUCAUUUGUGGCAAAUCCUAGCAGGCGAAGGUCAAGGUAGUGUGGUGAGGUUAGUGUUUUACAACUGCUCCUGGAGCCAGCCUCUUCCAGCGCCGAAGUUGCUCUUAAAUGACGGACUCAUCACCAGCUGUGAGUUGCUUUUCUCCUCUCUGGUCUUUUUCUUCUUUAUGUCCCCACUCUAUUGGGCUGCCAUGGUAACUUUGCAGUGUGACAGGUUCCGUGAAUCAGUCAACUGCAGUAUUGCACAAACAGAUGAGAGACCUCUAGGGAAUUUCCAUGUGACUUCGCUCGAUUUAUUCAUUAACCGCGUGCAGAUGUCCAGUAACUUUCCUUUAAGUCUAUUCGGCAUUAAUGUUACGAAGGUGCUUUUAUCAGUAACAGGUUUAAUGACCACUGUGCAAGUCGUACUAAGUAUCGUGACGAAAAAACUGCUUCCUUCUUAGCACUUGAGCCUGCAGUGCAACUUGAAGUGUCUCUACACUGGUUAUACAGCACAUACUGAACUCAUUGUUUCAUCGCCUUGGAAAGCUAGUACUUUUAAUUCCUUUCCCGCAAUGAUUGUCAUUUCGCUGGGCUUUUAUAUUAUUGUUUCGUUGAAAUUAAGUCGCACUCUGUUAACAGGGGGAAAAUUUGUGUUUUGGUUUCGGACGAGUUUUUAGUACUUUUUACGGUCGCGCAGUUCAAGUUUUGAUUUUUCCUUGUAUUUUUACUCAUUCUUUAAGUAGACCGGCUGAGCUGUAAAAAAAUUAUGAUUGCAUUGGUUCUAUUCAAAUUGUUAUUAUUAUUGUUCAAGCACCGAAAUAUUGUAGUGAUGUCGUUUAUUAUAGAAUCUUAUGGUUAUUUUAAAGGUUUUUCGUGGGUUUCGGGAAAUGUAUUCUUUAAAUUUUCAUAAUAAUAAUUUUCGAUGUAUUCGAGUCUAUCCAAGCUCUUUGAAUUCGUUCAAGUAAUUCAAAAAUAUCGAAAACACCAAAGUACCUUUUUGAAAUACUCAACAAGUCCACUUUACUUUGAUGCUUGUCUGCAAUGUACACCUGCAUUUCUGUGCUAUUGUUUACCAUUACUAUUGAAAUUAUUUACUACCGCAAUUAAGACAGGUAUUUUAACUUCAGACCUGUGAAAAAUUUCCUUUUUUAAAUGGCCUAGAGUAUCCUACCCGCUUUUUUAUUUUCUUAAUCCUUUCCGUUGCGGAAGGAGAUGGAUCACUUUAAGCAGAAAUGAAUUUGUUAAGAAAUUACUCCUUAAACUUCGCGUUAAAACUUUACUAUAAUUUGUACAGAUGACUAGUGAAUGCUUAUCUAGCCUUAAACCAGUAGUGUAAAUCGCAUCAAUUAAAUAGUUUUAACGAGUAAACAAUAUCCUAUAAUGUUUCAUUACUAAUGUGUAACUAAUCAAUCUUUUGUUUUAGUAAGGAAUUAAGUCAAGUAUUUGUAAGUGAAGGAAAGAAAGAAAACAAACUUAUGGACCUAAGAACAAUUAGUUUUUUUUAUGUAUGUAUGUAUCAAGCAAAUAUCAUGUUAGUAAUGGAAAUUCACCCAUUGGUAGUGUAAGUGUAAGUAACCAUUCUUUUGUAAAUAUUGUAUCUUAAGUGCGUUUCUAUUUGUAGUAUUUUUUGUGAGUAGUAUCAUU